AUGAAUGAUUUAAAAGAUACAAAGUCGGAAAUCUCGAUUACUAUUAAUAAAGCUACGGACAUUUACGUUCUAAAAAAAGAAGAUCUAAUAAAAUAUUGUAAAUCAAAAAAAUUAAAUUCAGCAGGUAGAUCAUCCGAUUUAAGAUCUAGACUUAGUAGGUACAUAAAAGGCAUUUUAAACCCAGACGACGUAGAAAAUACUCUAAGCAACGAGGAACGUAUAAAAAUUAUAAAUAAAUCAAUAGCCGAAAAAAUUGAUCUUGGAACAAUAGAAAAAGAAAUAGGCCUACCCAAUUUAAGUCCUGAAACCUCUCAAAUAAAUACAGAACUCACAAAUAAACUCCUCCACACAACAUUAGAUAGCUUAGAAUUAUUUGACAAUUUAAACAAUAGUGUUAACCUAUAUUCAAAUAAAGCUCAGGAUAUAUUAAAUUCAACCGAAAUAAAUUUUUCCGAAUCUGAUAAUUUAAUAAAUUUAGAUACUACCAAUAAUCUUGAAAAUACUACAGUCCCAUUUGAAGGGAAUAAACCCGAAGAAAAUAAUAAAAACAAUAUAUUAAAUCAACCAUCAUAUACACGCAACACACCAAACAUGUUUAACCAAGGCUCAUUAAAUAAAUAUAUGGUAAUAAAACCAGAUAGCUUUUCCGGACAAGGGGAUAUUAAAUUUUUUUUUAAACAAUAUGAAAAAGCAGCAGAAGUAAAUAAUUGGGACGAUAAAGAAAAAAUAAAAUUCUUGUCAAUAUUUUUAAAAGACACAGCCAACUCCUUUUUGGAAAAUUUAGAAAAUAUAAGAGAAGAUUGGACAUGGGGAGAUUUAAAAAACGAAUUUCUUAGUGAAUUUCAACCAAUAGGAUAUUCGAUACUUUUAAAAAAUAAACUAGAAAAUAGAAGACAGGAAAAUUCAGAAUCAACUACGAGUUACGUCACGUUCGACGGUUAG